AUGAAGCACUCAUUAUGGCCCUGGUCGUUAUCGGCGUCGUCGUGCAACCUCGUUACAUCCCUGUCUACAACGAGCUCGAUCAGGCUAGCUCGCGCAAUGCCGACUAUGAUAUUACUCGGAUCAUCGUCGUCGAACUGUGCUACCGGCACAAGAAGCUACCAUGCCUCUACAAAGUCGCUUAGGGAAACGUUGGAUGCAUCAUAUCUUCGGACGAAAAGGACCGUCACAUCACUGCAGAUGAGCCCGUUAUCAGCUUGCUCAAGAGCCAUGAUGACACAUGCGUCAAGCAAUACGAUCGUCUCAACCUCGACACAAGGUGUUGAACUAAAGAGCUCGCAGUUCCAGCUAUUACCGCCGCCCUUCUCAUUUCUGCGGUCGUUCAGCUCCUCGUCCCUCACCUCUCCCCUACAAGCCCUGCCCUUGUUAGGCCUCCUACUCUCCAAGAUGCCACGGCUCAAAUCAGAAGACGGUCCACCAAGCAAGCGACGCCCCUCCCGGCGUCAUCCCUCACCCCUCUUCGGUCACAAACCUCAAUCUCCCAGCUCACCCUCAAACGGCGCCAGAGGCCCCAACCGACUCCUAUCCUACAUGGCAUCCCUCGAUACUCGCUUCUUCUCCGGCCUUCCCCAGAGUUUCGUCCUCUACACCCUCCUCGCGCUCAACUUUCUCGUCUUCAUAUCCUGGCUUUACGCCUCAGAAACAUUACGAAAAUUCUCCGACUCUCGCCCGUUCAUCUUCCUAUGCAAAAACUUCCUCUCCGGAUGGCUAAACCUCUCCGAGGGACGAUGGUGGACAAUGAUCACUUCCUGUCUCUCCCACGCGCAAUUGGGUCACUUUUUAGUCAACAUGAUCUCUCUCUCCUUCAUGGCUCCCCCCGUUCUCGCGCUUACCGGGCCGUCUACUUUUUUGGCGUUAUACUUUGGAGCGGGUGUGGCGAGCAGUAUUGUUUCCAUGAUCGGAAAAAAGGUUGUUCACGAUGAUAAAGAAGGAGCGGAUUUCAGUCAUGGAGCAAGUGGAUCAGUGUAUGCGAUUAUGAGUACUUUUGCAUGUGUUCAUCCGAAAGCGACAUUUUUGAUGUUCUUUGUAAUCCCUGCUCCCGCUUGGGCUUGUGUUACGGGGAUCUUUGCUUGGGACUUGUGGCAUGCUGCGAAUAGGCCGGGAGGAAGGACGGAUUCUGCGGGACAUUUGGGGGGUAUCGCCACUGGGAUUUUGUUCUGGAGGUUUGGGCUGAGAGGUGUACGUGCCAGCUAG